AUGCGUUUCGCUGCCGAAGGUCUCGGUUGGAAGACAACAAGCGAACACACCCUGCUGUAUUCUAUAGGAAGACAAGUCCAGUCCCACACAGAGCAGCUUAAUUCCCUCAUCCUGCAGGUCAUUGUCACCCAUGUCCAGUUCUCUCAGAUGGGAAGACUGUCUCAUUGUCUCAUCACACACGAGGGCUGUUCUUUCUUGGCCUUUGCCCUCAAAUCAAACCCCUCCUACCUGAAACAGCUGGAUCUGAGCUACAAUCACCCAGGAGACUCCGGUGUCAGUGAGCUCACAGACAGACUGAAUGAUCCCAACUGUAAACUAGAGACUUUCAGGUAUGACCAUGGAGGAGAGUUCAGGAUUAAACCAGGACCGAGAAAAUAUGCCUGUGAGCUCACACUGGACCCAAACACAGCACACAGACAUCUCUCUCUCUCUGAGGGGAACAGAAAGGUGACACGUGUGAGUGAGGAUCAGUCGUAUCCUGACCACCCAGAGAGAUUUGACUGCUGGUCUCAGGUGCUGUGUAGAGAGGGUCAGUCUGGACGCUGCUACUGGGAGGCUGAUUGGAGUAGUAGUGCCGAUAUAGCAGUGGCAUAUAAGAGCAUGAAGAGGAAAGGGGGGAGUAAUGACAGCAGGUUUGGAUAUAAUGACAAGUCCUGGAGGCUGUAUUGCUCUGGUAACAGUUACUCUGCCAGGCACAAUAAUAAGAGGACUGCCAUACCUGCUCCCUCCUCCCGCUCCAGGAGAGUAGGAGUGUACCUGGACUGGCCAGCAGGCACUCUGUCCUUCUACAGCGUCUCCUCUGACACACUCACCCACCUGCACACGUUCCACUCCACAUUCACUGAGCCCCUCUAUCCUGGGUUUUAUGUUUAUGCUGACUCCUCAGUGUCCCUGUGCCAGAUCACAUGACCUCCUGAUCCCGCAGGAUCACCAGAGUCUGCAGAAGAGUCACACACUCCUGUUCAAACACCAUUGUGUGAUGCUGUGAUGGAACAUAUUGAUAAUUAAUAUAUAAUUAUUGAGCCUAUUACAUGUUGAACAAACAUGUUACUAUGGCUUAAGCAUCACUGUAUUUAUAGUUAAACUGUUCAAAAUAUGCUGGGGAAUAAAAAGAUGGAAAUAGA